CGACAGCAGAAAAAUAAUCUGGGCACCACCGACCGCUUUGUGAGGGCAGCUGAAGCAUCCUGUCACCUGCCUGCAGGAGGGGAGGCAGAGGAGCCGGAGCAUCCCUCGGGGGUCCCGGGAUGCCCCUCUCCCGCCACACCGCCCAGAUCCCGGAGUCCACCUGGACUUUGGGCAUCAGGGAGAUGACGGAGCCCUGGAAGGGCGCCCUGGGAUGCCUGGGGGUGGCCGUCUUCUUCACCAUGACCAUCGGCAUCAUCUCCUGGCAGGCGCUGGAGCAGUCCCCGGAGGAGUGGGUGCUGCGGGGCGGUGCGGGGGGGAUGCUGUGGGAGCGGCGGAGGGGAGCGCUGCUCCUGCGGGGGCUGCCGGGGGGGCGGACGGCGGCGGUGAUCGCGGUGGGGGGGGUCCCGGCUGCCGAGCCCCCUCCUCCCCGGGAUUACUGCUGGCACGACGGGCGCCUCUUCUGCUACGCCUGGGAGGAGGACGCCGAGCUCCGGCUCUCCCUGGAGACCCCCCCGGCCCCCAACACCGAGUGCUACAGCGUCCACUGGACCCCCCUGCGCCCCGACGUCCGGCUGAAGGAUUGCUUCUCCAUGGCCAACAUCUCCUGGUAUGGAGGGGCCACCACCCGCACCCCCCGCUGGCCACUCAACCGGGCUGAGAGCCAGGCCCAGCCCUUUGUCAGCAGUGACUUUGCCAGGAAUCCUGAAGGAUUUGGACCUGUUCUGGACAGAUAUUUUUUAGGCUCGACAGGAGUGACGGUGACGGUGGCCCCCGAGGUGCCCCUCUUCCUCUGGCUGGAGAGCGAUCGUCACUUCUGCCUGGGGACGCGGGCGGGGAUGGCGGCGGUGCCGCUGCGGUACCAGCUCUGUGUCAGCCCCGACGUGGCGGCCGCGCAGCGGCACCUGGGCGGCCAGCGGGGGGGACAGGCCCGGGCCCUGCCCGACAUGGCCCUCCUGGGGGCUCCCAUCUGGAGGUACCAGGGACCCGAGGGCUCUGCUGCCAAAAUCAAGCGGGGUCUGAGGUCUCUGGCCAGGAGGCUGAAGCGGCACCGGCUGCAGGAGGGGGUCCUGGCGCUGGGGGAGCACAGCACCAUCGUCCUUGCUGCUGAGGACAAUGUGCCCGAGGCAGGGGGGAAGAGGCAGGAGUCAGGGGGUGCCUGGGCCCCCUCGUUGAUCUCCCCCCUGCAGCUCUCCAUCACACUCUCUCCCUACGUUCCCGUUUCCUCCCGGCUCUUCCUGCGUUCCCUGCGGGAUCAUCAGGACCUGGGAUGCUCCUGGCUUGGCCUCCAGCCCAGCCCCGGGGGCUGCUCGAUCCCGCUGCUGACCAUGUGGAGGGGUCAGCUCUGUGCCCGCCUGAAUGUCACCAGCAAGGUGGCCCUGAGCUGGUACCUGGCACGUGCCCGGCGCUUGCAGCAGGAGCUGGGAGCCACUUACGUGGCCUUUGAAGGGGUGGAGGGCAAUUCCUUCCUGGAGCAAGCUGUCCCACCUCCCCCUGAGCUGGAGGGGGACCGGUACACCCAGGCACUGGUGGCAGCACUGGCCAGACUGGGAAAUGCCACCAUCAUCAGUGCUGGGGCCAGCUCCAGUCACCUCCCGUUCUUCAUCCAGAUGAGCCCCUUGCACUCAGACUGGAGCCACGCUGGGCUGAAGGGGCUCAUUCCCUCCGUGCUGCACUACAGCCUCCUGGGAUACAACUUCUUCAUCCCCGAUGUUGUAGGAGGGAGCCUGGCUGGUGACACCCCAGGGGACACGGAGCUGUACGUGCGGUGGCUGCAGAUUGUCACCUUCCUCCCCGUGAUGGCUUUCAGCAAACCACCCUGGCUCUGCUGUGAUGCCUGGGUCCUGAACCUGACCCGUCAGUGCAUAGAGAGGCACCGGGACUUUGUUGUGCCCCUCCUGAUCAGAUCCAGCCAGGAAUGGCUCCGGAUGGGCUUCCCCAUCUUCCGGCCAGCCUGGUGGCUCAGCCCCACAGACCCCACUGCUCUGACCAUCGAGGACGAGUUCCUCAUUGGAGAUGAGGUCCUGGUGGCUCCAGUAACAGAAAAAGGGCAGACAUGGAGAGAUAUCUACCUGCCUGGGGAAGGGCACCUGUGGAUGGACACCAGCACUGCCCGUGUCUUUGAUGGGGGCACCAUCCUCAGGAAUUACUCUGCCAGCCUGGAAGAGGUGCCUGUUUUUAUAAAGACCUCCUAAGGACAGAUUGCCCCAGCCUGUGGCCAGCUGGCCACUUCCAGAGCACUGCUGGCCCAGCCUUGCUCGCUCUCCCUCAAGACUCUCUCAGCCUAUUUGCACUUUUCCAACAACCUUUUUCUUUUGUUUUGUUUGA